GCACGUGUACAAAGGCACAGGAAGAACCAAAGACCACAGCAGCAGUUUGGAUACAUAAUCCAAAGAUAGGGAUUCCAAUUCUUCUCCUAAACUUAAUAUAACACUGUCUUCCACUCCAAUCUCUCACUGCGAUCACUUCUUAAUUAUUUCUUCAACCAGAUAACAAUAAAUACCACCAACUUAGGAUCCUUCUUCUUUUCAGUUGGUUUUCGUCUUAAUUACAAUCAGGUUUCCUUAUCAUGGACGUCGAUCCUCGCCACUAAUACAUAAUCCAAAGAUAGGGAUUCCAAUUCUUCUCCUAAACUUAAUAUAACACUGUCUUCCACUCCAAUCUCUCACUGCGAUCACUUCUUAAUUAUUUCUUCAACCAGAUAACAAUAAAUACCACCAACUUAGGAUCCUUCUUCUUUUCAGUUGGUUUUCGUCUUAAUUACAAUCAGGUUUCCUUAUCAUGGACGUCGAUCCUCGCCACUAUGAACAAGUUAAUGUGAAUUAAUGCUUGAUGGCAAAUUGCAUUCAGGAGUGCUGGUUUAAGUCUGUGCCAUCAAAGACAAUGACAUUCACAAUGUUGUUCUCUCAUAUCUGGUGCAUAAUUGUUAUAAAGAAACUGUGGAAUCCUUUAUUUCAUGUACGGGGAUGAAGCAGCCUGCCGAUUGUGUUCAGGACAUGGAAAAACGAAAAAGAAUUUUUCGCUAUGCAUUAGAGGGAAAUGUGCUUAAGGCCAUUGAACUGACGGAAGAGCUGGCGCAUGACUUGCUAGAAAUUAACAAAGACUUGCAUUUUGAUCUUUUGAGUCUUCAUUUCAUUGAGCUAGUCUGCACUAGGAAGUGCACAGAAGCAUUGGAAUUUGCUCAAACGAAGUUGACUCCAUUUGGGAAAGUCCAGAAGUAUGUUGAAAAGCUUGAAGACUUUAUGGCUUUGCUUGCUUAUGAAGAACCUGAAAAAUCCCCAAUGUUUCAUCUGCUUAGCAUGGAGUAUCGGCAGCAAGUUGUGGAUAAUUUGAAUCGAGCUAUUCUUGCUCAUGCAAACCGCCCAAGCUAUACAGCAAUGGAAAGGCUGAUACAGCAGAUGACUGUAGUGAGGCAAUCCUUAAAUCAAGAUCAUGGCAAGGAUGGGCUUCAACCAUUUUCUCUGAAGGAUUUUCUCAAAGGCUAGAUUGUGGAUAUGCAUCAGAUAGUCUGGCAAAGGGUAACCAGGGUUACUUAAGCAUCUUAUUGCCAUCAUAUGGUUUUGGUAGAUAAUCAUUACCGAUGCCUUCACAUCUGUAAAAGUUUCCAAGUAGGCUUCUCAUGUGUCUGGGUGUCCCUGUAUCUGGUGAGGUAUGCCUCGUUCAUGGUUGGCUGCAAUGCUCAGCUCUGCACAGUUUGGAUUUAUUUUAGUUGGUGGAUUUGAUGAUCUGAUGGCUUUUAAAAUUUUGCGACUGUAGGAGCUAAAAUCAUUCUGUAGCCUAACUUCAGAUUUUGAUUUGGUAGGAAUCUUGUUUAAUGAAGCAAGAUCGAGAUUCAAAGACUCUGCAUCUCAUAUCAUUCAUUUCUCAUGUGGGAAAAACUUGGGGAAAUAGUUAAUGAUACUCUCGUGAGGCAAAAGCUGCCUGCAGUUGUGUGGUUGUAAAUAUAUUCAUAUAUAACAUGUUAUCAUCUGAAAACCACUUAUAAAUUUUUGAAUGAUUAUAUUUAUUUUGGGUUCUUACAUCCACUUUAUCGAUAACA